UAAAAGACUCCGAACGCAGCAGAAGGGGUUACAAGGCAACCGGUUAAUCUGAACCGGCGCAUUAGACCGGUUUUAGAAGCAUAUCAAGAAAGCAUUUAUCUUUGGGUUUUGAUUUUUCCUGCGAGCUUUGGUUCCAUUUUACAUUCUUCCCCCUCUAUGAUUUGGGGACGCCACCACAAGAUUUCGAUUCUCCAUGGAAAUAGAAGCAACAAGAAACCCAGUUGAUUGGAUUUGAAAAGGUCUCUACUUUUUUCCAGAGACAAAGACUAGAUUUUUCUCAAGACAUUGGUACUCUGUUGGAUCAUGAAGAGAUUUGUUCAGACACGUCUUCUUCUCCAAACAGGUACUCUGUUCUUGUCUGAACGAGCCUCUUCCACUCUCAGCAAAGCGAAGAAAGUCUCUUCUUACAAAGAGAGGUUGAGAAAUGGGAUCGUUGAUAUCAAGAAAGACGACGCUGUUGAGCUGUUUCGAUCCAUGGUUCUGUCUCGUCCUCUUCCUACCAUCGUACAUUUCAGCAGACUGUUCGGUGCUCUCGCCAAGACGAAACAGUACGAGCUCGUCUUGGAUCUCUCCAAGAAGAUGGAGGAGCUGCAGUGUAAUAAUUUACAUAACAACUACACUCUGAACAUAAUGAUCAACUGCUUCUGCCGUCUCCGGAGACUCGGUUUCGCUUUUUCUGCUAUGGCCAAGAUGUUGAAGCUUGGGUACGAGCCCAACACUGUCACAUAUUCAACUCUGGUAAACGGGUUAUGUCUCCAAGGUAGAGUUUCAGAAGCUGUGGCGAUUGUUGAUAGAAUGGUGGAAACAGAGGUUAGACCGAACCUUGUAACGCUCAACACUCUUGUCAAUGGACUUUGUCUGAACGGUAAAGUGUCUGAAGCUGUGGCGCUGGUUGAUCGGAUGGUGGAGAAUGGAUGUCAACCUGAUCAGUUUACUUACGGUCCGAUUCUGAACAGGAUUUGUAAGUCAGGGGACACUUCCUUGGCUUUGGAUCUGGUCAGGAAGAUGGAAGAUAGGAAGGUCAAGCCUGAAGCAGUUACAUACAAUAUGAUUAUAGAUAGUCUUUGCAAAGAUGGUAGUAGACUUGAAGAUGCGCUUAAUCUUUUCAAUGAGAUGGAAACGAAAGGGAUCAAAGCAGAUGUUAUUACCUACAACACUCUCAUAGGAGGGUUUUGUAACGCAGGAAGAUUUGAUGAGGGUGCACAGUUGUUGAAGGAUAUGACCACAAGGGGAAUCAUCCCCAACGUCAUCACAUUCAGUUCAUUGAUUGACAUUUUUGUGAAAGAGGGAAAGCUUAAGGAGGCUAAAGAGCUGUACAAUGAGAUGAUGGCAAGAGGUAUAGAUCCUGAUACGGUUACGUAUAAUUCUUUGAUGUAUGGUUUGUGCAUGGAGAAGCAGGGCCUAGAUGAGGCAAACGAGAUGAUUGAUCUGAUGGUUAGCAAAGGAUGCAGUCCUGAUAGCGUGACUUACAAUAUCAUUAUAAAUGGAUAUUGUAAGGCUAAGCGGGUUGAGGAUGGUCUUGAACUCUUCCGUAGAAUGUCUCUAAGAGAAGUGGUUGCCAAUACCGUCACGUAUAACACUCUCAUCCAAGGUUUUUGUCAAUCUGGAAGACUUGAUGUUGCGCAAGAGCUUUUGGAGGAGAUGGUUUCUCGAGGUGUUCAUCGUGAUCUUGUGACGUACAACAUUUUGGUAGAUGGGUUCUGUGAGAAUGGAAAACUAGAGAAGGGAUUAGAAAUAUUUGAGGAUCUGCGGAAGAGUGAUAUGGAACUUGAUAUUGGUAUAUAUAACAUCAUCCUUCAUGGGAUGUGCAAUGCUAGGAAGAUUGAUGAAGCGUGGAACUUAUUUUGUAGCCUUCCUCAUAAAGGAGUGAAGGCUGAUGUGAAAACAUAUACUAUAAUGAUUGGAGGACUAUGUAAGAAAGGCUCGUUGUGUGAAGCAGAUAUGUUGUUUAAGAAAAUGAAAGAAGAAGGGAUUGCGCCAAAUGAUUGUACAUACAACACGAUAAUCCGAGCUCAUCUAGGAGGUAGUGGUGUAGCCAUUUCAGUUGAACUUAUAGAAGAAAUGAAGAGGUGUGGGUUCUCUGCAGAUGCUUCCACCAUGAAAAUGGUUAUUGAUAUGUUAUCAGAUGGUAGAUUGAACAAAAGCUUUUUGAGUAUGCUUUCUUGAGUGUCUGAUCUUUAUCUAAGAGAAGGUCUUCCUUGGUGUUUUUGAAGCCAACUUUGUUCUUCCACACAUGUAAACAGAGCCUGCUGUCUUGUCUUCUCUUUCGCAUGACUUUCUCUUGUCAUGUUUUCUUCUUUGAAUACGAGCUGAUACGUUAGUAUAUUAUCUCUUCUAAUUAGACCAUAGAGAUGCAACAUGGAAAGCAGAAGAAAUAUUCAUAAACACAACUGUGUUAAUUUAACAUGUCGUUUAAUAUUGUUUUCUUUUGACAGC